AAAUAUCGUUGCUUUAACACGUUAGUGAAUUUUACUGGAAUACUAAACAAAAUAAAACGAGAUGUAUUUCAAAAUUUCUCUUCUCUUUUGCGCGUUAUACUUCUUUACGGCAGUACGGACUAUUGGACUAAGCGAGCAACAAAUCAACUUGUGCGUUCAAUUGUCUAUGAAGUACAAUAAAAUACCAACAACAGCUGUGGCCGAUAAUAAAACUAUGCCGGAAUUAUUAAUACAUUUGGCCAGUGUAGAAAAGGAAUCUGACGAUUGGGAGGAAAAAAGUUUGACUACUCUCGAAGUAAGAAUUUUCGUGGGAUUGUUUACCAUAAAAGACCAAAAGGGUGACCACGAUGGACUUCUUACUUAUGCCGAAUUAGUGAGCCUAAUUAACAACGAUUUAACCCUAGUACCUGACGUUAAGGAGAAUAUAAAAAAUGAAUUCAAUAAUGGCGAUUCAAUUAACGCACAAAAGUUCUUGGCGGCCAUAUUGAAGCAUAAACCAGAAGUAAGGAAACGGUUAGCCGUAAAACCAAAUCUUACACUCCCGUUUAUAUAUGCAAAAUGCUAAAUUUAUAAACAAACAAUAUUAUUUGCUUAGGGCAAAGGUUUGGACAAGAAACAGAUACAAAUAUGUUCUAGUUUGUAUACAUGUGGUUCUAAUCAUCUUCCUACUGAAAGCCUAAAAGACUUAUUAAAAACGUUACAUAUUGUUUCCAAUGACUAUAAUUCGCUUUUAGAGGUUGAGCACUUCCAAACCGCUGCUAAUGAGUUAAAAGAGCUCUUAGUCUUUUGGUCG